UUCUCACGCACAGCGGUUUGACUGCGAGCGCAUCCGCACUGAGCUCUUUCUGCGCGCGCUUUAACGAGAAACGCAAAACAAGCCGAAUGCGACAAUGUGGAGUUUACAGUCUGCCCUGAUCGUGGCUUUGGGUUUGGCUGUUUCGGCUCAGCUUGUUCCCGAAGCCAACAAUAUGUGCUCAGAGGGAAGCUGUUACCCUGCCACGGGUGACCUGCUGAUCGGCAGAGCCCACCUCCUUACAGCCUCGUCCACCUGCGGGCUCUACUCUCCUGAGCCCUACUGCAUUAUCAGCAGUCUAGAGACUGACAAUUGUUUCGACUGUGACUCUCGAGACUUUUACAACGUGGACACGUACCCCGAUAGCCACACCAUCGACAACGUGGUCACAACUUUUACUCCCAACCGUCUCGUUACCUGGUGGCAGUCUGAGAGUGGAGUGGAGAAUGUGACCAUUCAACUGAACUUAGAAGCUGAAUUCCACUUCACACAUAUCAUCAUGACCUUUAAGACAUUCCGUCCCGCAGCAAUGGUGAUCGAGCGUUCCUCAGAUUAUGAGAAGAGCUGGCAGGUGUAAUGUUACUUUGCCUUGAACUGCUCCGCUGCUUUUCCACAUGUUUCCCAAGGACCAAUCAAGAGUGUCGAUGAGGUCAUCUGUGAUUCCCGGUACUCUAACAUUGAGCCUUCAACAGAGGGAGAGGUGAUCUUCCGAGCACUCGAUCCUGCAUUUAAGAUUUCUGAUCCUUACAGUCAACGGAUUCAGAACCUCCUGAGAAUAACUAACCUGCGGGUGCGGAUGAUAAAGUUACACACUCUAGGUGAUGACCUUCUGGAUGGCCGAGAAGAAGUGAAGCAAAAGUACUACUAUGCUCUCUAUGACAUGGUCGUCCGCGGCAACUGUUUCUGCUAUGGCCACGCCUCCGAGUGUGCACCAGCGGACGACAGUGAGAGGGGCCCGGAAGGGAUGGUCCAUGGUCACUGUAUGUGUAAUCAUCACACGGCUGGUUUAAACUGUGAGAAAUGUCAAGACUUUUACCAAGACGCACCGUGGAGACCUGCAGAGGGCCGAAACGCCAAUGAGUGCAAGCGAUGUGAGUGUAACCAUCACUCACACAAGUGUCACUUCAACAUGACAAUGUAUGUGUUGUCGGGGAACGUGAGUGGAGGAGUGUGUGAUGAUUGUCAACACAACACACAGGGGCAGCACUGUGAUGGUUGCAAGCCUUUCUACUUCCAGCAUCCCAACAGAGACAAAAGGGAUCCUAACAUAUGUGAACCAUGUGACUGUGACAUAUGGGGCUCGCUGAAGGGUGGUUUGUGUGACAGCGUGACAGACGUGAUGAGGGGACUUAUCGCUGGUCAGUGUCGCUGUAAGCAGAAUGUGGAAGGAGAACGCUGUGAUCACUGCAAGCAAGGACACUACGGGCUUGGCCAAGACUUGCUAGGAUGCCGCCCAUGCAGCUGUAAUCCUCUGGGUACAACUCCUGGAGGAAGUCCUUGUGACACAGAAACAGGAAUGUGUUAUUGCAAACGUCUCGUUACCGGACGAAACUGUGACCAGUGUCAGCCUCAGCACUGGGGCCUGAGCACAGAUAAGGAUGGCUGUCGGCCAUGUGACUGCGAUCUCGGAGGAGCUCUGAACAACGAUUGUUCUCCAGAGACAGGGCAGUGUCUGUGCAGAGAACACAUGUCUGGCAGGCGCUGUGAUAACAUGAAGCCUGGUUAUUAUUUCACCGCCCUUGACCACUACACUUAUGAGGCAGAAGAAGCAGAAUUUAAACCGGCAGUGACUGUAGUGGCGAGGCCUCUGCCAGCAGAUCGGCCCCCGACUUGGACCGGCACUGGAUUUGCCAGCGUGCCUGAAGAAGAAACACUGCAGUUUACUAUUGACAACAUUCCACACUCUAUGAAAUAUGACUUGUUGAUCCGCUACGAACCUCAGUUGCCAGAUGUGUGGGAGCAGGUGGAGAUAAAGGUGAUACGUCCUGGCCAUCCUUCUCCGUCUGCACAUUGUUCAGCUACUUAUGCUGACCAACAGACUGUAUCACUUCCACCAGGCUCCAGGUAUGUGCAACUGCCCACACCACUGUGUUUGGAAAAAGGGCAGAAAUACACAGUGCAAAUGAUUCUAGCGCUUUUUUCCUCGAAUGACCUUCAUCAUCAGCCGCACAUACUGAUUGACUCCAUUGUGCUGUUGCCCGUGGUGCGAGAUCUCAAGCUGUUCUCGGGAGAAGCUGACAGAGAGGCAGCGUGGGAAAUGUUUCAGAGAUACCGCUGUCUCGAGAACAGUAGGAGUGUUCAGAAAUUACCCAUGACCAACAUCUGCAAAGAAUACAUCUUCAGCGCGUCAGCCCUACUGCACCAGGGAGCUAUGGAAUGCGAGUGUGACCCACGAGGCUCUUUUAGUACCGUGUGUGAUUCAAUUGGUGGCCAGUGCUCGUGUCGUCCAAAUGUGAUCGGCAGGAAGUGUGACAGGUGCGCCCCGGGUACCCUCCAGCUCGGACCUUCUGGCUGCAGGCCAUGUGAUUGUGACCCUCUGGGCUCAAAGAACGCUUUCUGCAAUUCAACUACCGGCCAGUGCUUGUGUUUACCUGGGGUUUACGGACGUCAGUGUGCCCACUGUCUGCCCAACCACUGGGGCUUCCCACAGUGCCAACCCUGUUUCUGUAAUGGCCACGGAGAGCAAUGUCACCCGCAUACAGGCCAGUGCGUGGAGUGCCGAGACCACACCACAGGAGAUCAGUGUGAGAGAUGCGAGAGAGGUUACCAUGGCAAUGCAUUACUAGGCAGCAGUGACCGCUGUCGGCCCUGUAUGUGUCCGGACGGCCCCGGAAGUGGAAGACAGUUUGCAGACACCUGCUACCAAAAUCUCAACUCAAACCAGCUCUUCUGUGUUUGCAGCCAAGGAUACAAAGGACCAAGAUGUGAGGAAUGUGCGUCUGGUUACUACGGCAACCCGAAGGUGUCAGGAGGACGGUGCCACCCAUGCCGGUGUAACGGCAACAUUGACAUGCACGACCCGAUGUCCUGUGAUGCCCGCACAGGCACCUGUCUCAGAUGUCUGCACAACACUGAUGGCCAGGCAUGUCAGCACUGUCGCCGUGGUUACUACGGAGACGCUAGCAGACAGAGAUGCCAGAGGUGUGUGUGCCAGCUUCUAGGCACGGACCAUCACAGGUGUGCAGAUGGUGAGUGUGAAUGUGACCAGGUGAGUGGUCAGUGCCCGUGUCUACCCAGAGUAGAGGGUCAGCACUGUGACCGCUGUGCCCCAAACACCUGGAACUUCCAGAGUGGAGAAGGUUGCCAGCCAUGCCAGUGUCAUCCUACACACUCUUCCAGCCCGUCCUGCGAUUGGAAGUCUGGUCAGUGUUCCUGUAUGCCAGGUUUUGGUGGCAGGACCUGUCAGGAGUGUAGAGCCCUGUUCUGGGGUGAUCCAGAAGUCAAGUGUCAUGCAUGUGACUGUGACCCCCUGGGAAUUGCUACACCACAGUGUAACAAGACGACAGGAGCAUGUGUGUGUGUGGAGGGCGUGUCCGGUCAGCGGUGUGACUCCUGUGGGCGGGGCUACAUGGGAACUUUCCCAGACUGCCAGCCGUGUCAUCAGUGCUUCCGUGAAUGGGAUGUCACUGUGGGCGAGCUGACCAAUCAGACGCAGCAGAUGGUGGAGACUGUGGAGAACCUGAAAGUGACGGGUGCUACAGCGGCCUAUCAGGACACGAUAGACAGUCUAGAAGGCGGAACCAAGCAGCUCACUCAGAUAUUAGAGGAUGACAAGGCACAGCAGACUCUGAGAUACUCUCAAGAACUUCUGCAGCAGGCCAAGAGGAUGAUGUCUGAUCUGGACAGCUCUCUGAACCACACAGAGGAGAAUAUACAGCAGACCUCAGAUGAACACAGCAGGGUUGCAGAGGAGCUCAAAUCACUCAGUCUGGAAACACAGAAGGAGCAAGAAAGUGUUAAUAAAACACAGCAACAUGUUCUGCACAUCAAACACUCCGACCCAGCAGGUGCAGUGGACAGCAUUAGUGAAUAUCAUCAGCAGUCACUGGAGGCAGAGAGGCAAGCGAAUCAGGCCACGACAGGUCCGCGCAGCCCUGUGGAGCAGUCAGCUGGUCUACGGCAAGCCACGGAGGCCAAACGGGAUGCUGUAAGGGGGCAGUUCGAGCGAAGACAACUAGAGGACUCUGAGGUGCUAAAAACAUUGAACCGGGAGAUAGACCAAGAAGAUGUUUUCAAACUCAGCCAGCAGGUGUGUGGUGGGGAGAAGACCGGAGAUAGCUGUGGAGAAUGUGGAGGCUUGGGGUGUGUGAGUGAGGAUGGACAACCUCAGUGCGGAGGACAAGACUGCGACGGUGUGAUGACGCAAACCAACAAUGCAUGGAAAAAAACUAAAGAUCUAGACAAGGACAUUAUGGACUCGCUAAAAGAAGUGGAAAAGCUCCAAAGGAUGGUUUCUGCUGCUCAAGGCCGCGCGGAUGAGAGUAAAGUCAGUGCGCAGGAUAUCCUGUUGAAGGCCAAUCAGAGCAAGGCAAGAGUGGAGCAGACCAAUCAGGAGCUACGAGAGCUCAUUCAGCAAAUACGAGAUUUUCUUAGAAGUGGUGCAGAUCUGGAGCGUAUUGAAGCACUUUCUGAUGAAGUUUUGAAGUUGGAAAUGCCACUCGUGGCAGGCGAGCUGAAAAACGUGACCAUGGAGAUCCGGCAGCACGUGGCCAAUCUGACCACCGUGGACACCGUCUUGACUGAUAGUGCUGAUCAGGCACAAACAGCUGAGAGACUGCUGCAACAGGCACGCGUCAUCAGCGAGGAAGCUACACAACUGAAGGAGGAAGUGGACAAGGUGAAGGCGACGCUAGGUGAAACCGAGCAAUUUCAUUCUGCAACAGAGGACAGCUUAAAAGCAGCGAAGACUGACGUUAACUACUCACAACAACAAAUAACCGCUGUGGACGCAGAGACGGUUGAAUCUGAGUUCAUGCUGAGUAACGCCACACAGCGCAUGCUGGAACUGGAGACGAACAUGGGCGCUGUGAAAGGGACAACUCAGGAAACUUCCAACAAUGCCGAAUCUGCUCAAAACCUGGCAGCAUAUGUCUCUGAGGACUCGGAAAAAACCAAACGGAAACUGAAUUUAGAGGUGCAGCCUAAGUUCCAGUCUGCCCUUGGCCUGAUGGGUGAGAAAGCAACUGGUGUAUCUGAUGCACGCCAGAGAGCAGAACAGCUGCAACAGGAGGCAAAGGAUUUAAUGACUGAUGCCAGGAGCAAAUUAGAGAAUCUAAACGAGCUGGAGCAGACGUUUUUAGCGAAUCAAGAGACUCUGGCACAGAGAGCACAAGAGGUGGAGGAGCUGGAGAAAGAAGCACAGGCCGUGCUACAGGAGCUCAGCCAGAAGGUCACAGUAUACAGCAUCUGUCAGUGAAAGCUACCUCCAAAGUACUUCAUUUAUAAGCACCAUAUUAUCCAUACUUUCUAACACUGAAUUACGUUAAACAAACCCCUUAAAGAGUUUAUACCAAUUAUAUUAUGUUUUGACAUUAACGUUAACCUGAGUCAGGGACUCCGACUCUAUUGACAAGCAUUGCAGCUUUCUGCAUGAAGGGACUGAGAAUCUAAAGAGAAACAUCUACAGUGAUCCAGAAACACACACACACACACACACACACAUGUACUGUACACAUCCACUUACAGUAAUAAAGCACUCUUCACCAUCUGCUACACCAGCAUUUCUUAAAUUCCUGUCCCUGAUGUCGCACUGCACUGCACAUGAACUGAGCUGAGAGAAAUGUACUCAUAUGAUGAAGAAGGUAACAAAUAAAAAUUAAUAAAGACAGCCUGGGU